GCCAAAUUCUUGGGCCGCCCCCUCGCCUCACCGCCAGGCGCGAACACUGCUGAAAUUCGCAUUCGCGGCGUGUACUGCGCCCCCCGCUCCUCCAAAUGCGGCCCUUCCCUUCUGGACCACCAUGAUCUGCGCCCGCCCUCGACCUCCGCGCUGCCACCAUGGCCACCUCAAUCGUGUCGGAGCCCUUGAAUCCGCACAAUGGCUUCAAUUGGGUGUUCCUGGUUGAGCUUUUGAUCUGCGGCAUUCUGACCGUGUUCUUCCUCUUCUACUCCAACCGCCUCUUCGCGACUCUGGUCUCCUACGGCAUUCGAGCGUACACCUGGCGCGCAUACCAUGCCUACAUUGAUAUCCAGGCUUUGCAAAUCUCUCUUCUGGGAGGCCGCAUCUUCUUCAAGGACAUCCGAUACCAUGGCCAUAAUGAGACGAUUCUAAUACAUGGUGGCUACAUCACCUGGAACUACUGGCUGCGCCGGGUGAGGGACGCCGAGGUCUAUGUUGAGAAGCGUUCCCCAGACGCUCGGGACGGCAGCCAGACUCCAAGCAGCCCCGGCAGUCGGAAUCGCAGCCGAAGUAGGACAGUGGAUAGAGCCGAAAAAGGAGGGAAGCAGACGCCGAAGAAACACCCAUGUCGUAUUUCCGUCAAAAUCUCCGGCGUUGAGGCCUUUAUGUACAAUCGCAGCCCGGCAUACGAUGCCAUCAUCGAUGCCAUCCAGCGUAAAGCAAACGGCGCCACAGGAGAAGAAAGCGCCCGGCUUGAGAAGACGGACACCCAGCCAAGCACUAAUGGCUCAGUCAGGGGCUCCGCAGACCUCCGCGAUGACCAAGGCCGUCACAAUAAGCUGAAGAAAGCUCCUGCCGAAAAUGACGCUGGUGUCGCGAGAGCGGAGACGGACCGCUCCGGCACGACAAAUGCUAAAAAGGAUGGCUUGCCAGCCUUCCUUCGGCUGCUCCCCAUUUAUGUUGACUGCAAUAAAGGUGCUAUCGUGGUCGGCAACGAACACACGCUGUCCGUCAUAACUGCGCACUUUGAAAGGGCCACUGGCGAAUUCGAUGCAUCGCCAUGCGGACCUCUGGAUGUGUACCAGCAAGUAUUCAAGUUCCAGUUCACGCAUCCUGUUGUGCAUAUGAAGCCCAAUCAUGACUUCAAGGCAACUCAGCUCGACACCGCGGCGCGCUUGAAGCAGGAGGAGACUGAGCAAGACAUGGAAGACCACAGGAGCGAUGAAAAGCACACACAGCCAGUGAAACGCAGACCUACGAAAAUCCAUCUUCCGCGCUUUUCAGCUCUGUUCUCCAAAUCUACAGAUUCGAUACACACCCACCCCAACGCGAGCAACGGUAAAAAUAGCAAAACUUUUUCCCCUCAGUGGAACAUUCCGGGUCAAGAGCGCUGGAAGGGUCUUACUCGGUAUUUGGAUGAGAGCCACGCCGAUGGUCAUGGCGAGUGGGAUGGAGUCGAGUACGCCAAAACGUCUUUGAUUGCGGAUUGUCCCUGUAUCAACGUGGCCUUCUAUUGGGACGUACCAGGCCCAGUCCCGAGCGACAUCGAAAACAGCAUGCACAUGGACCCCGCACGCCCAGGAGACAUCAACGGAAGCGCUCCACCAGAGUACGGCAUGGACAUUCAGGUGUACGGAGGCACAAUCAACUAUGGACCCUGGGCCGACCGCCAUCGAGCUGUAUUCCAAUCCAUCUUUUUUCCAGGGGCGCACGUCGAUGCUGUCCCGACCUCUCCUCUGAAGGCUGGCGAACUUCGAGUACUUUCGUUCUUCAAGCUUUAUCUGGGAAUCGAAGAUGACACUAUCCUUCGCAUACCAGUUCGAGAGCCUUCGAAAGAUUGGAGGUGGAAAGGAAAGGCUCAUACGUUGGCUGGCCAUGACAAGCAAUCCGCCGAUGGAGCCAAAGGCAAGACGAAAGCACGGAGAAGAACGAUGAGAGCAAAGCACCGGGAUGCUUCGGCUUCUGGCCAAAACGUUCGCCCCUUCGCCUGGAUCGACGUUAAGGUCGCCGGUAACUCUUCGGUCAAUUACAUCAUGGACAUGGUCGCCUCGAAAAAGGGUUUCCAAAAUCGGCUCAGCGUCGACAUUGUCAGAACCGAGAUAUCUUCUAGCGUCAACCACGGCUUGCUCUGGCGUUCCGGUGCUGUCACACUAGACUGCGAUCUGUCCAACCCCGUACGCUGGAACAGUCUGAGGAAAUGGAUGUUCAAUAUCUCGUGUCGGGACCUUGAGCUGUUCCUAUUGAGAGACCAUCUGUUUCUUUUGACAGACCUCGUGGCAGACUGGGGUUCAGGACCGCCCCCAAACUACUUCACGUUCGUCCCUUUUCAGUACCUCCUGAACAUUGAUUUCCUCGACUUCAAGCUGUAUCUCAACACGAACGACUCCAACAUUGUCAAUAAUCCGUCCGAAUUCGAUGACAACAAUUUCAUCAUCCUUUAUGGUCAACGGUUGCAUGGAGAUGUGACAAUACCUUUGGACAGAUUCAGACCUUUGCAAAAUGAAAUCAAGUUCGAUGUACGUGGGCAGGAGAUGGGUCUCGAAGUUUGCAUGCCCCCAAGGAACACUCUAAACACCUUCGUGCGAUUCAAGAAUAUGGCACAAUUGGGUGGCUUGACUCUGGUAGGCAGCCAUACGUACAUGACCGAAACGUCCACCAUGAACACCGACAGGCUGUAUAUGGACAUACAAGGCGACAGAGUCUAUCUUGAACUUUAUGGGUGGCUUGUGCAUCACUUCAUGAAGAUAAAAGACAACUACUUCGGUGAAGAUAUGCACUUCAAAACUCUGGAAGAGUUCCAAGGUCUCCCCAGCCAGAGUCUUGCAACCGAUACGACGAAACCGAACGGCCAGUCUACGAAGGAUUCAAAUGACCUCGACGUCAUCCUGUGCAUUUCGGCCGAGCACGCGAGCGUUCUUCUCCCUGCCAACCUUUAUUCAGCGGAGAAGUGCCUCCGGGCCGAUCUACCCUACGCCUCCGCGGACCUGAGGUUCACUAACUACUAUAUGGAUCUAAUGACGAACUUCAGUCCGAUCAGCCUCUCACUGGGGACUUCGGUUACUGCCCCAGGUCUGCCGAAUGACUCCGGCGACCGGACGGAGGUGUUCAUUGAAUCCGUCGUCAUAUUCGGUCACCGCUUGUUUGGUCUUCCUCCCACAGAACCCACCUAUGUCUGCAACUGGGACUUCGAUGUAGGAAGGGUCUCUGGGGAGUGCACAGAGGACUUCAUAGCAACAACAGCUGGCGCUAUUCGCGCAUUUGCUUUCACAUUCGACGAUGACGAAAAUACCCUCCAGCUUGCAGAUCCCCUAGUCAUUCAUGACUCGACUUUCCUCCGAUUAAGGACACAGGACGUCCGCGUCUGGUUCCACAUCGCCCAAGAGGUACUACUGGUCAGCACUGGUCAAGUAACACUAGACUUCAAUGAUCUUGCCGGCACCAGUUUUUCUCAGCGCCUGAGUGCUUGGAUACCGGACUUGAUCGUGAGUGCUGUUGAUGCGCGGUCUGCUGCCCGUCAUCGUACUAGGUCUGGACAGAAGCAGGUUGUGCAGACUCAUGCUUUCUUGCAAACCACAUUAUCGCUCAAUAUGUUUAAGCGAAAGCUGGGGUUCACCGAGGAGCGUAACAAGCAACAGGCCCACAUGCAAGAACACGAUCAAAGGACCAACCGUACGCAGUUUAUGUUCAUCGAUUAUCCGCCGCCUGUCCACCAGCCCCUGAGGAACGCGGAAAAUGUCCGGCCGCCAGCCAUGCAGUACCCCGAAAUACCUCGUCCUAUCUUCUUAAUCCGACCGGGAGAGUAUGAGAGAGGCUCGUCAACUUCGUCAGGAUAUUCUUCUAACCUAGCUUCCAGCCGGGGACGGCCAUUGCGCACUGCUAGUUUGCGAUCUGCUUCAAGUAGUUCCAUCAACAGCAGUAUACGUUCCAUCCGUCGCCAUAAAGUCAGCCACACAGCGGAUUCUAGCAGGAGCAGAACUUUGCUUGGCAAUUCACCGCCCCGGGCGCACAGCUCGGAUCGAUACCAUAAGAGGCUUAGCGAGGAAGAGCGGGGCGGACGCAACCUACCACUGUCUUCCGCAGCACUGUCAAGUGCACUAGCCACCCCAUACUUCCCGUUGGAUCGUUUCGAGCCUGAUCUAUCCGAGGUUCCGAUCUUACCGAGUCUGCCUUCUGGUUUUAUGGAAGACGACGACGACAUCUUUGUUUUCAACGAUGUGGCUUCCAAGCAUCUCGAUGAGAGCUUUGAACACACUAGCCUUAUCAUAGGGUCUGAGCCGGGAAUACGGGUAUACUGUACGCCAGAGUUUGUUCGAUGCGUAUCGAACCUACUCGAACUCCUUCAACCAUGUCACCCAGAAGAUCUCUUAGACGAUUUUCAAGUUGGGGUUAUGAGUAAAAUCCUAGAUCACCGAAAGCGUCAAGAAGGCAAAGGGAACUCGAUCGAAUUCAGCAUCCGUCUUCCCUUCACGCAUAUCCGCUUCCAGAACGAAUUUGGCGCGCAUUCAGGCGUUGAUGGUGGUAAAGAUCAAUACGAUGUCAUUCUCAACGAACUCAAGGUAGCGGCGCGGAUCAAGAAGUUCCCUGGAGAGCGAGCUGGCGAGGAUCUAGUCUCUUUGCAUACUACUCUAGGCUCACUCGGGGUGUCCGUCACCGAAAGGAACCUGCGCGGCCCUAACGAUGAUGUUGCAAUACAGGCCGAGAUCACUGAUUUCCUUGUCUGGAUGCUGAAGGGCAAGGAAACGUCGAUCAACAUCAAUUUUAGGGGGUUCGAGACCGCCACUGCAAGUAAGAAGAUCGAGUACCUUGCCUCACUGAUACACCGAACUACUCUGCUCGGAGAGGAACUGGGUUCCGGCUUCGAAAGGAUCAAAGACAGAAAGCGAGGUCGCUUGCGUUACCUAGCGUGGCAUCUCACAAGUGUGCAAGAACAGUAUCAAGAUCCCGCUUUCUUGACGAAGGGUUCUUAUGCUUUACGCGCGGUCAGAGACCAUCUGCGCAGCCACGACUCCUGGAAGAUCAUGUCCCGAUUUCGGUACAUCUGGCAGAGCUUGCCGAACGCUGAGAGAACCGAGGUGCAUGGGCGUUGCUCACAGCAAUCUGUGGAGUGUCCAGAAGAUGCAGAAGAGAAGAUCAUAAAAAUGUGGGAUCAGUGGCGUGCUUGGGAUUUAGCUCAUGUGAAGAAGAGCCUCGCUAUGAGGAUGCUCUUCGGAACAGCGGCAGAACAGCCAGAAGCAUCUCCACCCGCGCUACUCUAUGUGGAUUUUCGCUCAGCCGGCGUGAAGCUCAUCGUCGACCCCGGGGCCAAACAGAGCGAAGUCGGCCUUCGAAUGCUCGCUAUCAACUUUGCUGUUGUUCCUCCUCCAGAGCCAACUGGGCUCAUGCUGGUCGGAACUGACAUUCCCAAACAAUCUACGGUUGUCCAAGUCAACUCUAGAGAAAGCUCUGUACACAUUCACUGGGAGAUCUGCGAACUUGUUGAGAUCUUGCUACGAAUGUUCCAAAAUGACAAACUGAAGAAACCGAGGGAACAUAAUUCGAAGGCCUGUCCACCCACAGAGAAGAAAUCGCACCUCAUGGAUCACAGCGUUCAAGUCGUCUACGUGACAGACAAGGCUGAGCUAUCAUUGGACACAGUCAACCUGCAAAGCAUUUCCACAGGACGACGCUUCAGGCUCUCCGUAGUCAGUGCAAACGAUCGAGCUUCAGGACUGGGCGAAACCGUCAGUGUACACGUUCAUAUAGAGCAGGCUGUGAUGCGAUUACUCUUCGGGCCACGUUCACUGCUCAGAUCACAAUUUGACCUCCCCAGUCUCUACAUUGCCCACCACAAGCAUGGCGGCGAUAGCGCAGUUCCGGACGAGAUCAAAGUCGCAGGCGCGAGCCGUAUGAUCAAAUUCUACGUCGAAGAAGACAUUCUUAGUCUUGUUGAGGUCGCUGAUUCGGUACUCCGGGAUGAGGUUGCAUACUUUCAUGAGCAGACAACGCUGAUACAACAAACAUCCGAGGGGAAGCAUACCGCGUCCGAUGCCGGCGCCAAGGGGAUGCAAUUACCCAAUAUCUCGCUCGCUUUGUUCAUGGACGCGUAUCUGAUUGAGUUAACGCUACUUCAAUCGCUGACCUGGUCCAUCGCUGGGUCUUCUGGUCGGAUCUCCGUGGUCCCUAGUCUGAGACAGAACGUUACUCUUCGGGUGGAUUAUGAUCUGGAGGCGCAUACGCACAGAUUAUAUAGCAACUCCCUCGGGGGAUCCAACGUCAUUAGCUCGCUACAAUUGCCUCCGGUCAAUGGCAGAUUGACCGUUACGAAUGACGACAAAGAAACGAGAGUAUCAGCAGCCGGUAUCAUCGAGACUAUUGAGCUUCAAGCAUCCGAGGUUCAGGCUUUGAUUGCGACCAUCAAUAAGCCGGAGAUCUCGACCACUGUUCACGCCAUCCGCGACGACGUAGAAAUCCUUAAGGCUCAUAUCGAAGAGAUCUUCCCAAACGCUGCUCAGUCACCAGUAGCGCAGACGACUAAAUCAUCAAGAGAUCUGAUCUUUGGUGUCCAAAUGACCCUUUCCGGACUCAAUGUUCUCGCCAGCGCUCCCGGACAGCAUCCGGAUUCAGCUACUGCGAACCUCGCAGUGCGGAUAUCUUCUAUUCAGCUCAAGGCAACUAACAUCGGCCCUAAACACACAAUCUUAGAUCUUCCGGAAGCGGUAAUCCAUUUGCAUCAGAUUAGCGUCGAAAUGACCUUAUCCGAUGCAGACUCUAUUCGACGUUGCGGAAACCUCACUUUCGGUGCUAUGCUUCAAAUGACCACGCAGAAGGAUUCAGAGCCCACUCGUCGGUUGUAUCGAGUGAUGAGCUGCGACCUCGAGGUUAACAUCUUCGCCGACACAGCGUCUGCAGUUGUCGAUGUCAUGAACCAUCUACAAGACAAGAUCAAAUAUUUGGACCUGUCCAAGGAGAAGAAAUAUUUAAGACGGCUUCGCCAUACGAAGAGUAGAGUCUCACACAAGCGGGAGCAGAGCGUGAAGAGCGAGACGAAUACCGAAAUCGAGAGCGUCAGUUCUAGCGCACUGUUUACUUCGACUUACUCUCUGGAACUUCUCAACAUCCAAGUCAGCUGGAUUGUCGGGACUUCCGUCGGCCCUUAUCCCAGGACAGAAUCCGAAGAUCUCGUUCUUUUGUUCAGGAGGAUCGACCUCUCAACAAGGAAGGACGAUGCAGCACGCUUGAUGAUCGAGGACAUGAACCUGCAGAUGGUCCCAAUAUCGGCCGAUAAGAAGACACGCUCGCGGAAUUCAGCGCUGCUCCCCGAAGUCGUUUUCAAUGUCGCCUACAGCGCCACAAAGGACACACGCAAAAUAGCCUUCCAUGCUGCCGGCAAGUCUCUCCAUCUUCAGCUCGACUCUCGCUUUAUCCUGCCAGCGAACGUUAUCGAACGAUCAAUCGCUCUAGCGGGCAGGAAAUUUCAUACGGCUUCUGCAAACUGGAACAUGACGCCAACCACAAGUGGUGCUCAGCGAAAGAACCCCUUCGGAAACAAGCGUCUAGCUUCACUGCUCGUGGACGCGACCUUCGCCGGUGCUGUGGUGCAUAUCAACGGCAGCGAACUUAUCCCAGGUACAGGCAUCAAAGAGAGUCGCUCCCAGCAGAAAGGGAGGUACAGCCAGUUUGUCGGUGAAGGGUCGAAGAGUAGCAUGGAUCUACGCGCGCCUGGUGUAGCGCUCAAAGUUGAGUACCAAGACGAAGGGCAAGAGCCUUCUCUCAACGCAGAGCUGAGAAUCAACGGCUCAAACAAUAUCCUGUAUCCCACGGUCGUGCCCGUCAUAAUCGAGAUGUCUGAGAGCGUUAAGCAAGUCGUCCGAGACAAAGACGAGGACUCUCCAGCUUCAGCGAGAUCAUCGGGGCCGCCAUCGAAACCCGCUGGGAAACUGCUCGAGGAAGACAAUCUUAUCACCGCAGACCCCAGUAUGAUUCUAGGCCGGACACGCUUGAACCUGGGGCUCAGGAUCUGCAAGCAAGAGUUCAGUCUCAGCUGCCAACCCAUUGCUCGCGUGGCGGCGAUGGCCAAACUCGAAGACAUCUACAUCACAAUCAAUAGCGUCAAGUCCCAAGAGCAUGGCCAUUUCUUUGCGGCAUCGGCUGCAUUUGAGAGGCUCGAGGCAACGGUUCAACACGUCUAUUCCCGGGAGUCUACAUUUGGGUUCAAUGUCGACUCAAUCGUCCUUUCAUUGAUGAACAGCAAGCACCUCAGCGGCACAAGUGGCAUUUCGGCAAUACUCAAGAUUAAUCCCAUGGGGCUCCAGGUAAAUGCUCGCCAGCUUCAAGACUUUCUGCUGUUCAGGGAGAUCUGGAUUCCCCCAGAGAUUCGUCAGCCUUCGAAGCCACCGACUGCAAAUGCAAGCCAAGAGCCGCAGGAGUACCUCAUGCAACGGUAUCAGCAAGUCACUGCUGCGACAGCAUUCCCGUGGAAUGCUAAUGUAGCGAUUGCCGAUGUAUCAGUCGAGCUCGAUCUCGGUCAAGCUAUCGGAAAGACAUCCCUUCACAUUCACAAUAUGUGGGCUUCCUCCAAGAAAGGGAUCGACUGGGAGCAGAACCUGUGCAUCGGCGUCGAGAAAAUCGCCAUUGACAGUUCUGGACGAACAAGUGGCUUUGUUGAGCUUGCCGGCGUUAGAGUACGCACUUCCAUUAGUUGGCCCUCCCAAGGAUUGGGCAUUCGGCAAACCCCUCUCGUUCAGGCAUCAGUCGGUUUCGGCAGCCUGCGCGUCAAGGCUGGCUUCGACUAUCAAGCUUUCAUUAUCGCGGAUAUUGCCAACUUCGACUUCCUCAUGUACAAUGUCCGCGAGCAGAUCAAAGGAUCGCGAGACCGCCUCGUCGCCAUCCUCGAUGGUGAUAAAGUACAUGUCUUCUGCACAGCGACCAGCGCCGCCCAAGGUCUCGCCCUAUGGCAAGCUAUCGAGCGUCUCAUUCAAGAGAACCAACAAGCGUACAAGCAAUCUCUUAGAGACAUCGAGAAGUUCCUGCGCCGCAAGUCGUCCGUCACGGGUCCCAUGGGUCGCUCCGCUUCCCAGAGCAUGAUCGCCCCGAAAGCCGACGACGACUCGCUCAGAGCCCCCAUAUCCCUCCACACCGACGUCGUUGUCACCCUGCGCUCCAUCAACCUCGGCGUCUACCCCUCCACCUUCGUCGACACGCAGCUCCUCAUGCUCGAAGCGGCCGACGUGCAAGCGCGCUUCGCCGUCGCGCUCGAGCACUCGCAAAUUCAUUCCGCGCUCGGCAUGACUUUGGGCCAACUUUCCGUCGCUCUAUCUUCGGUCUCCUCGCCCAAGAAGUCAAAACCCGUCUCCGAUCUCACGGUCGAGGAUGUGGUCGAGAGCGCAAGGAGCGCGAGAGGAGGGACCAUUUUGAGGGUGCCAAAGGUCGUAGCAACGAUGCAUACGUGGCAGGCGCCACGGAGUAAUCAUAUUGAUUAUGUGUUCAAGAGUUUGUUUGAGGGGAAGGUCGAUGUCGGGUGGAAUUAUUCACGCAUAUCCUACAUCCGCAACAUGUGGUCUAACCACUCGCGCACCCUCGCAUCCCGUCUCGGAAAGCCGUUGCCGGAGUCCAAUAUCAAGAUCACCUCCUCUGCGCAGCCUCAACAACCCUCCUCCAGCACUACCUCGCCAGACUCUGCCUCUACACCCGCUGCCGAAUCUCUGGAGAAGUCCAGCAAAGAAGGCGCUCAGGGCCAGGAGAAAAUCACAGCCGUUGUCAACGUCCCCCAAAGCAAGUACGAGUACACGCCGCUGGAGCCGCCGGUCAUUGAGACGCCCCAGCUACGGGAUAUGGGCGAGGCGACGCCGCCGCUUGAGUGGAUUGGCUUGCAUAGAGAUCGGCUGCCUAAUGUUACGCAUCAGAUUGUUAUUGUGACGCUGCUGGAGGUGGCGAGGGAGGUGGAGGAUGCGUAUAAGCGUAUUUUGGGCAGUUCGUAGAGGACUGACAAAUGCGUUUGAGAAGCAAAGGCGUUCACCAUGGGCUCUGUGGGACUCGCGUUUUAAUGUAUGGCGUUUAUGAGUGGGUGGGUUUUCUUUUUCGAAUAUUGGUUACUUGUAGGAUACUCAGUUUCAACAUGUCCAUAGUGCGUAACAGUCUCAAAUGUAAAGUCGAUACCACGGCGUGAGCUUCUAACUAGCCAU